AAAUAGACGAUUUCUGAUAGUAUAUUGUAUAGGUUUCAGGAUAUUCAAGGGAUAUGUUAGGAUAAUCGUGUCUGAACUGUGUUUGCAGUUUAAAAUAAGGGAAGGUUCCAACUAGUAUACGUAGGCUCAUAGCUGAUGUGAGUAUGCCGUCUGUUUCACUUCUCCACAAAAGUAUCAAAUACCACAACGGGGCGCUAUGAGCAUUCGGAUACUCUAGUAACACACUUUAUGUUUGUCUAUCGCAAGUCUUAAGUUGAAAACCUCGACGUGGCAAAGUUCAUGUGAGACACUGAAAAUAUGACUGAGUUAUAUACUGUCGCUUUGCGUAUCAAUAAAACGGAUGAUGCUGCUGAUUUCAGCGAUAUACUUACGGACGAUGUGCUGUCGGCGUUGAGAGUUGACCUGAAUAGAUCCGUACAGGUGCCGAAUGCACCCGUGGCUAAGAAAACGGGCCCCAAAGCCCCCCAGAAGACUAGAGGAACGGCAAGCAAGCUAUCAUCAGGGAUGUUUGGUAUUACCAACGCACAAGCACCUACUGUCGUGGACUCCACAGAGACAUACAAAACCGUGGUUAGAUCGCUGAUUCGAGUCACGAAGGUGUUACAAACAACAUCUGACAAUCUUAAACUGCUUGCACGCAUGGCCGAGUAUUGCUCUGUGGUGUCUGAGCAGCUCUGCUCUACCAGAAUUACAGUCGCCGAUGAAACUUUCGAGUGUGAAAAGGCCUGGGCCGACACAGGGAUACCACUAGGCUCAAACAGCACGGUGGAUGCGACUAAAGUGUGUGGCAACAUACGUAAGGGGUGUGCACAAGCACGCACAGACUCGCGAGAGUGUACAGAUACACGUACACACACGCACACGCACACAACGCCAGGUGUGUGCGCCGUCGUGCAGAGCGGUAAAACAACACGUGAGAAAAUAAGCGCAAGCGCUGAUUCGACACGUGACGGAAUAAGCUGGAGUGUGGGCCAGGCCAUGGCCUUCUGCCUGGAGGAGCUGGUGCAUUUCCUCGACAAAUUGCGCGCGUGUAUUAUCAAGCCCGGCAUGAAGCAAACCUUGAAUAUAAAGUUACUAACAUCGGAUACGGAAGCAAGCGCAAAAGUACUGAAAGUGUUGGAGGAGGCAGCCUAUGUGAUUGGCAAGCUUUUCUGUGUUCUGGGUAAAUCCGAGACCAUCUCUGACAGCACCCGCACUGCCGUGUGUGAGCCGUUGUCGUCGUGUUUCACACUGGCCACGGGCCUGAGAAUUCAACUGGACGCGCUUGAUAGGUAG